UUGCAGAGGCAUCACAGUACGCAGCGUGUCUCUCCACCACAGACUACAUACUCUCCACUACACCAUGGACCAGGAUUGCUGCUGUUAUGAAUUUUAGUCGCAACAUCUCUUGCUUCCAGUUUUCCUACCGCUGGUCUGCUCUCUGAAAUCGCAGGUUAUGCCACCCCAAAGGCUUCCUGGAUCCCCAACCGUGAAAAAGAAGGGCUGAUCCCUGUCCUCCCCCAGUUUCCUGCUAUUUUGCACCCCAUCUUCCCCUUCACCUUUCACCUGCUUAUUCCCUUCUCCCAACCGCAUUAACCCCACCAGACUCCUACACUGGUCCUGUCGCCCUUUACCUCUUGAAUCGUUUGUGUAGUCAUAUCUUUCCCCAAGUAAUCCUUACCAUUUGCACUUCAUACCAUCGCAACAAUCUUUUAUUUUAGCCCCCUGCCCUCAAAAUAGAGCUAUUAUUCUCCAACUGGCUGCACGCCUGGCCCCAUGGCUACAGGAGGUCAUGCGCAAGAGAUAGAUGUGUUGAUCAACUUACAACAGGUGAAGGUGGAGGUGGAAGAUGAUGAAGGAUCAGUGGAGGAACUGGAGGAAGAGGAGGAGGAGAACUGGGAGAAAGCUCUGUCUGUGGAGCGCUUUGCAGACAUCCUCAGUGACUCUGCUUCCACCAGCGGAGACAGGGUGGGCCGGAACUACACAGAGAAAGACUUUGAAUAUCACAGACACACAUUUCCCCAUACGCACCACCCCUUAUCCACCCACCUACCCCUGGCCCAACGUUUACGCAAGAGGGUGCACAGCAUGGAAAGACGGCACAAAAAGAAACGGAAAAAAAGAAGGACCUCUCUCCCCCCCUCCGAAGAAACGCCCACCAUCCAAGAGGUAGAUGAGGAAGAGGCCGAUUCUGAGACGGACAGACAGGCAGGGUCCGCCUCCAAAGAGAGACCGGAUAUCCAACCACAGUUUAGUUUGGGGAGCCAAGAUGACUUGGAGGAACCCCAUCCGCCCAAUACCUUCCACACAGAAAAUGAAGAACAUCUAUUAUCAAGGAAAGCUGCCCCUGCUGUGAUUAAGGGGGAGGUUCAUAAUGGAGGAAUUACUGUUCUUCAACAGAAGGAGGAGGUGCAUGGAGAGGAAGGAGCUCGCAACAGUGCUCGCUCAGGAUCAGACCCCUCAAGUUCAACCAAAAAUCGUGCCUGGUUCCGUAGGAGGCCCAUCCACCAUCGGCUGGCCGGCGCCCAGCGGAGCAACUAUGACCUGCGGGAGCGGAUCUGCAUCGGCAGCAUGACCGCUCUGGAGACCGCUGUCUACCAGCAGGUGCCCACUGACGAGGCCGAGGCCCAGAUGUUGGCCAGCGCCGACCUGGAUGACAUGAAAAGUCACAGAUUUGAGGACAACCCCGGGGUGAGGCGCCACCUGGUGAAGAAGUCCUCACGAUGUCUGGUGACACGAAACAGCAGCGGCUCCACGCCACUGAGCACCCUGAAGAAGAAGAGAGCAGCAGAUAAGAAAACACAUGAGCUGUUUGUGGAGCUGAACGAGCUGAUCGUGAAGGACCAUGAAAUGCGUUGGAAGGAGCGCGCCAGCUGGAUCAAGUUUGAGGAGGAUGUGGAGGAGGAGACGGACCGCUGGGGCAAACCUCACGUGGCCUCGCUGUCCUUCCGCAGCUUGCUGGAGCUCCGCCGCACCAUCACACACGGGGCCAUCCUGCUGGACCUGGAGCAGAGCACUCUGCCCGGCAUCGCCCACCUGGUGGUGGAGACCAUGAUCAUCUCCGAUCAGAUCAGAGCUGAGGACAGAUCCAGUGUCCUCCGGGCUCUGCUCCUCAAACACAGCCAUCCAAGUGACAUGAAACAUCGUUUCCACCGCCUCCAGUCGACCAGCAGUCUCCAUGGCAGCUUCAAUCACAACCACGACACCAGUCUGCCGCUGGUGGCCGAAGAGCCGGAAGAGCACCAGGAUAACAAGGGGCCGGUAUACGACCCAAAGCAGGAUGUGUUUGUCAGCCUCUUUAAAUCUCUCCACCCUCUGCCUCCCGAGUCCCAUCCAGCUGCAGCCAGAUCCAUGAAGCUCCUCGCCAAGAUUCCCAAAGAUGCCGAAGCUGUCAUUGUUUUAGUUGGCAACGCUGAGUUCCUGGAGCAGCCGGCCAUGGCCUUCGUGCGGCUGAACGAGGCGGUCCUCCUGGAGUCCGUGCUGGAGGUCCCUGUCCCUGUGCGCUUCCUCUUCGUCCUGCUGGGCCCCAGUCAGGCCAACGUGGACUAUCAUGAGAUCGGACGCUCCUUCUCAACCCUCAUGUCAGAUAAGAGCUUCCAUGAGGUGGCCUAUUUCGCUGACGACAGACAAGACCUCCUGAACGGUAUCAACGAGUUCUUGGACUGCAGCAUCGUAAUCCCCCCCUCAGACGUGGAGGGCAAAGACCUCCUGAAGACGGUGGCUGACUUCCAGAAGCAGAUGCUGCGCAAGAGGAAGGAGAGGGAACUCAAGAGGCACCAAUCCUCCGCUGGAAUGGAGCACAACAACAAAGAGGUGAGUCCAGAGGAGGAGGAGGAGGGGGACCAGGAUAUUGACCCGUUGAAGCGCUCUGGGAUCCCGUUUGGAGGCCUGAUCCACGACAUCCGCCGGCGAUACCCUCACUACGUCAGCGACCUGAAGGACUCCGUGGACAUGCAGUGCCUCGCCGCCAUCAUCUUCAUCUACUUUGCUGCACUGUCACCCACCAUCACCUUCGGAGGCCUGCUGGGUGAAAAAACAGAAGGCUUGAUGGGAGUGACUGAGCUUAUUGUGUCAACUGCAACUCUGGGAGUUAUAUUCUCACUGCUUGCUGGUCAGCCCCUCCUCAUCAUAGGGUUCUCUGGUCCGUUACUGGUGUUUGAAGAAGCCUACUUCAAGUUCUGUCAGGCCCACAACUUUGAGUAUCUGACGGGUCGUGUGUGGAUUGGUUUCUGGCUCAUCUUCAUCGUCCUGGUGAUGGUAGCAGCGGAGGGAAGCUUCCUCGUUCGCUUCAUCUCACCCUUUACCCAGGAGAUCUUUGCUUUCCUCAUCUCUCUCAUCUUCAUCUAUGAGACCUUCUCUAAGCUCUUCAAGGUGUUCAGGGAACAUCCACUGAUGGCUACAUACUCAAGUGACCCAAACUCAGCUGAAGAAGUUAAUGACCACCUCCUCAACCAGCCCAACACAGCUCUCCUGUCUUUUGUCCUCAUGAUUGGGACUUUCUUCGUGGCGUUCUUCCUCAGGAAGCUCCGAAACAGUCGUUUUUUAGGUGGCAAGGCUAGAAGAAUCAUUGGUGACUUUGGCAUCCCCAUCUCAAUUUUAGUUUCAGUGCUGGUGGAUUACUCCAUUUCCGACACUUACACACAGAAACUCAAUGUGCCGUCGGGCUUCUCCGUCACCUCCCCUGACAAGAGAGGCUGGCUCAUCAGCCCCUUUGGUGACAAGCAGCCCUUUCCUGCCUGGAUGAUGGGAGCCUCUAUUGUUCCUGCCAUCCUUGUCUUCAUCCUCAUUUUCAUGGAAACUCAGAUCACAUCAUUGAUAGUCAGUAAGAAGGAGCGUCACCUGGUUAAAGGUUCUGGGUUCCACUUGGAUCUCCUGCUCAUCGUCACUCUGGGAGCCUUCUGUCCUCUCUUCGGCCUGCCGUGGCUCACCGCUGCCACCGUGCGCUCCGUCACUCACGUCAACGCCCUCACCGUCAUGAGCAAAGCCACGGCGCCUGGUGAGAAGCCCAUGAUCCAGGAGGUGAAGGAACAGAGGCUCACCGGCCUCGCUGUGGCUGUGCUCGUUGGUUUGUCCAUAGUGAUGACUGACGUGCUGCGCCUCAUCCCUCUGGCGGUGCUCUUUGGUAUCUUCCUGUACAUGGGGGUCACCUCUCUGACAGGCAUCCAGCUGUACGAACGCAUCACACUCAUGGUCACGCCCGCCAAGCAUCAUCCCGAACACAUCUAUGUUACCAAGGUGAAGACGUGGCGUAUGAACAUGUUCACCCUCAUCCAGCUGGGGUGCAUCGUGGCUCUGUGGGUAGUGAAGUCCACGGAGGCCUCGCUGGCGUUCCCCUUCGUCCUCAUCAUGACGGUGCCGCUGCGCCGCCUCAUCCUCUCCCGGAUCUUCGAGGAACGAGAGCUCCAGGCGCUGGAUUGCGACGAAGAUUCUCCCAACUUUGACGAAGAUGGACGAGAUGAGUACGACGAGAUCCACAUGCUUGUGUAAAUUAAAUUGGACCCAGCCAGUAGGAAUUCCUUCGCCCUCAAGCUCCGGCCAAUCGGAGCCUCUUCGGAAACCUCAGUGUCUCUGGGUAGCGGGGACAAAGAAGCUAUAGCUGGAUAAUGACUUCUUCUUCUUACCUUUGUUUAUUCCAGUUUUGUAAAAGGGCACAUCUCAUGUUAGAUCUCUGUGGUGGGGGUGGUGUGUUAAACAUCAUGAGGUCAGAAAAAAACCCUACUUGAAGUGCAAAUCUAGCUCUAGCAAAAAACUUAACGGAGAUAAACAUUUUAUCCAACUUUUUAUCCUAUGGAUCCCUUUAUUUACCUUGGGCAUAAGUGCAAUGAUGAUGGUAACCUACUACAUUAUUUUGGUCCUGAAAAAAAAAAAAAAAUAGAGUAUCUGCUUUAUUUCAGCAAGCAUAUUUUCCUCGAAAUUCAUAAUCGUUACGGUGAAUAUUAUCUUUACGCUGAAUCUCAAACCACUGCCUGUGUAUUUUAGCUGCCUUUUUUUCCUUUCUACUACUGCCAUUGCCUAUAGGUUGCAAUGAUGUGCAAACAAGGAGUUAAGUAGUCCUUUUCCUUUCUGUACAGACUUUUAGUAAUGAGCACUUUGACUGGGCAAAAGUUCACGUUUGUCGCUGCCAACCGAACUCCCUGGCACAACGCCUUCUCUCUUAAUGUAGUCUCCCCUCCAAGCCAAAUUCUCUACGGAGACUGUGCAAGCCUCUUUAAGGGGUGUUACUGCACUUUGUUAGGUGUUUAAUGCCCAAAAUGCCAUUCCACUGACCCCAUUAUAGUGACCUUGGAUGUAUAAGUAAAUAGCUAACCUUAUUUUUCUACUGUGUUGUAUCUAUUUAUUUAUUCUAUGACUUUUGAAUUAAUGCCAUCCCAGAUUUUGAGUGAGGUUCUAACCUCCAAAUAAUUCAAACUGCUGUUAGAGUUUGUACAAAACAAAAAGAACAUUGUGUCGGUUGACACAUUCAGUCAUUAUCCACGCAUUCUUUCAUCUUCUCUACGAUAUUUCCACGCCGUGGUGCAUUUUUCAGAAAUGUCAUGAAUAAAAUAAGAACCCACUUGACUGGAAAAGUAUAGGAACUAAGCAAACACACAAGCACUGGGAACGCCGGGGAACAGUUGAGUCUUGGCAGGAUUGUAUGAAUGAUGCAUUGUACAGUAAGACUGAGCUUGGAACUACAAUGUACCAUCUGUGUGCAGAGCUGUUUCGAAAAUACCCAGAGAUUUUGUUUUCACCUACUAUAUUGCAAGCCCACUGUAGAUUUUUUAAUAACCGUUCAGUCACGACACCUGUAAUCAGAAACCUUCUUCUGCCACACAGAAACGCCAUCUGUUUGACCUACUGUACAUAGCAAAUACACACAUUUUCUUAAGAUACUUAACCUAUUAGAAGCCAUUUAUUCCCAGACUUGUGAAUCAAGAAAAAUAAAAAUAGAUCCAUGUGAUUUAACUAAAAGGCCUUUCCACUCAAAAUACUUCAUUUUGGAGCGUUCUAUUAAUGUUGUAGUAGAGAUGACAUUCUAAAAGGUGUGAGGUACAAAGGAUGAAGACAUCUAAAGUAGAAGGUUUCUUCACACCGUCAUAUUCCCAAAUUCAAUAUUUCCUUUUUUAUAAAUGACAUGUUUGGAGUGAAUAGUAUGCAGAAUCCCUUUAUCUUUUAUUUGUAUACCUCUCAUUUUGCGUUUUCACCUCGACAAUGUAUCUGCUGCAAAAUAUAACUACAUGUAAAAUAGAAUCAGUAAAGAAACAUGUGUUUUUCUUUAUUAAACAAGUAAACAGAAGAGCAUCUGAGAGGCCUUUUUGCUUUUUACCUUACUAAAUGGUCGAAUAGACCUUGGAGCGAGGGUCGGGGCGAAACUAACGGAAGUGAUUUCAAAACAAAAGCACUCGUUUGCUUGCAACUGUGAUCAUAUAUAAACAAGGUGAAUUUAGCGAUCACAACGAAAACGACCAAGACACACAUUGAGCCCAGAAAACGAAUGUUAUUAAGGGCUGUAAAUAUAAUAAGCAUGUGUCUAAAAUAGACAACAUUGUUAGGAGAUUUAAACUAUACAGCGGUUCAGCACUGCGGUCACUCAGCCGUCUCUCGCGUUUGUUUUUUCGAAUCAGUAGCUCUUCAUUUUUUUCAAUGAGUGAUACAAAUAUUUUGUACCACAAGUUCUUAAUAAAACUGACACUGUUGGACUCGGUACUAGUUUGACUGCUACCAGAUAUACAAUGAAGUACUUUUACUGUGUACUUUGUGAGUAAUCCUCUGUGAGUCCCCUCCUUAGUAGCCUACAUAAUGCAUGUUUUUCUGCUAUCUUUGAUGAAUGAUGAAAAUACAAUUGUACCAUUAGUUCUUAAUGAAAUUGAUACUGUUUGACUUUGUAUUAGUUAGCCUACUACUAACAAUACAUUGACAUACUUUUACUGUGUAUUAUUUGAGAAAUACUCUGUCAAAGUCCCCUGCUGAGAACAAAAUCAACCCACUUCUGCUAAGUUUGAUGAGGGAAUUAUAUUUUGUUUUCCAUUAGUUCUUCGUGAGAUUGAUCCUGUUGGACUCAGUACUAGUGAAACUACCCCCACAAGUACUAUGAAGUACUUACUGUGUACGUUUCCAGUAAUCCUCUGUCAAUGUCCCCUCAUGAGAACAAGAAUUCAUGUUUUUAUUUUAAUAAGCAUUACAAAAGUAUUUUUAAGAGGAAAUGAUAGACAUGAUAUCAGCAAUACUUCCAGUCAGUACUCCAGCAGCAGCAUUGUUACACCUUGGAAAGUCUUUAGAGUCUGGCCUGGAUAGCUGGUCACAACUGUCCUUCAGAAAAGUGACACACUCUGUCACUCUGGUUGGCCUCUUAUGAUGCUGCUGUCUUUUAAUAUAUGAUUAUUUCUCAGCCGCUAGUAAUGACACAAUCAAUGGCCCAGAAUUGUACUUUAUAAACUAUGAAUCUUGGUGCUUGAAGAAAUACACACUGGCUAAGCCGGCCAGGUUAUAUAUUUAUAUAUGCCUUUUUUGGAGCCCUUUUUUUGCAAUAUGUAUUAAAAUGUCACUAGUUAUUUAAACAAACCACUAUCUGAGGAUAAUACAAGCAACCAUAAAACGCCCUUUAUCUAGAGAGCCAUUGAAGCCCAAGAAGAAUUUAUCCUUACACAAAUCUUUUCAUCUGCUGUAUUAAUAAAGUUGCCACGUGUUUUCAAAUUCAAGUUAAGGCACUAUCUGUGCAGAACAUUAAAAAUAUUCUUCAUUUGCAGUAUUUUAUUUGAACAGUGUUCAGAAAGACUGGAUCAAUGAUAUGCUAUAUAUAAUAUGAAUAUUUGUAUUAACUUCAACCAAAGUCAAUUUAAAUAGCGGGCAAAAAUGGGUUAAUUGCCAUGCGGUGUUUGAUAUAGUUUACGUUCAAUUUAAACUAUUUUAGGCAGAAAAACGUAUAUAGACUAGGCCAGGGGCGUCGCCUGGACCUGAAAACAUUUGGGGCUUAGCCCACAGUGGCGACGGCCACAUGGAAUUUUCUACUGCAACACUCCCCACACGCAAACAGAGUACACCCGCGACAGUUACAAUGAAGGCUCGAUAAUCAGCUCAUCGCAUAUAGGCAGGGGUAAAGUGCUAUUUUUUAUGAGUGGGGGGCGGACCUCACCUCUUCUAAGGGGGUUCGGGGGGAUGUUAUUUUUUUAAAUAUUGAAGU